AUGAAGCUAGCCCUCGCCACUGUCACCACUCUCCUCGCCACGGCGCUCGCCGCCCCAUCGCCCGCCAACACCGACCUCACCCUUGCCUCUGCGCUGCCGCGGCCCAGCCCCGACCUCUUCUUCCCGUGCAAGCACACGACGAGCUGCGUCUUCCCGUCGCGCUGCGACAAGCUCUGCGCGGACCAGGGCCUCCGACUGGCGCGUCUCCAGACGUGUGGCUAUGCGCCGAUUCGCUUCGCGGCCAAGUGCUGUUGUCGGUAG